AUGGCAGCGACUGCGGCUACAGCGAGAGCCAUCGAGCUCAGACGGAGCCCGAGGAAGCGACGCAUUAGUUCUAUUUCCAACGCGGGCGUCUCUGGCUCUCCAGCGUCACGUACUAGAAGCCGGAGCCGGUCUGGAAAGCAAUCAGAUGUAUCGACGGACACGAGUACCAUAACUCCACGGAGGCCCGGCAAGAAAGUCCGUAUCUCGGAUCCCGGGCCUUCCACGGGUUUGACGCCUGCUAUGAUGCGCGCUUCAUUCGAUGGAAGCAAUACGGGCUCUGCACAAAGUACCCCAAGUCGCCAACGGCGAUCAACUCCUGCUUCACGGAAAGGCACACAGCGGGUGAUGCAAUUUAUGCCCUUGCGCCAGGCUUUGGAUUCCCGGGUACAGCGGAGGAUCGGCCGGAUGGGUCUCAGUACUGAGAUCAAUCAUAUUGAGCGAGAGAAGCGAAAUUUUGCUACUUACGAGAAGAAGCUGCAGUCUUUGUUGAAGGAGAGGGAACUGCUGAAGCAAGAACUGGAGAAUGCGAAAAAAUCCGGUGCUUCUGAUCAUGGUGAGGAAUCUCUUGCUCAGGAGGAAUUCAUGUUGGAGGCGUCACAGGAGAACCUCGAGGAGUUGGAAGCGGAGACUAGUCGACUUCGACAGGAAGUUUCUUUCUCAUCCGCCCAGGAUGCCAAUGUGGAGUCUGGCAUUAUGAACGGCGACACUAUUAUCCUUGAUGACACUGGUAUGGAUGGAAGCACGGUUAUUAUGUCCGAUUCGCCCGAUAUUCGAGGUGUUGGAUAUCAACCUGCUAUCCCGGAUGGUUUCUCGCUACUUGGAAACUCAGCACCCGGUGUCGAUUCUUCCAUUCAGGCGGAGUUACCUGAUCGCAACCAGGAAGCUGAGCUUCGCCGCCUUCAGCUGGACCUUGAGACCGCUAGAAAGGAGAAAAGGGCCCUCUUUGACGCGUGGCGCGCUAACAUCGCUUCUCCUGACGGCACUGCCGUUAGUAACAACAUUCGCCAGUCGUCUCCGCCACCCGACUUCUUUGUCCAGAUCAUUCCCACUCUUACUGAUGCUCUUGCUCGUGCUUCCGACGCUACUAAGUCACUGGAGUCGGUAAAGAAGGAGCUAUCAACACUUGGCUUCUCUGGGAGCAACCCGAGCGAAAUCAUUUCGGAGAUGAGCUCGCGGUUCCGUACAGCAUGCAUCGAACUCGAACGUGCAGUGCCAGGGGAAACAGCCAAUGCGGGUCUGCAUUAUGGGAAUGCCACGCUUGGGGCAUUAGUGGAGCGUGUGGAAUCGCUCGUCGAGGACUUUGGAAAUGAACGCACGGGCCAUGAUGGAGCCCUGGGCCGCGAGAAAGCGCUUAGAGGCAAGUUUAAUGAGCUGCUAACCCGGUAUGAAGCCGCGUCAAAGAAGGUUCAAGAACUAGAUGUUUCGGCAAAGGACAUGCUCCACAUGCGGAUGCGGAUGCGGGAGAUGGAACAAGAAGGAGAGAAAAAAGACUUUGGAAUCCAGAGAUUGAAUGCAGCACUGGAACAGUAUCGCGGGGAUAUCAGGAAUCUGGAAGCGCUCGUGAGCAUCUUGGAAGAAGAGAAUACUGCCAGCAAAACGCAACACAUCCAGCAGGUAUCAGAAUUGAAGAACAAGAUCUCUGACGAGGAGAAAGCCCGCCGUGCAGCCGAGUCCACAGUUGAACGGCGUGACGCACAUAUUCGGGAUUUGAAUCAGACCAUUGAGCGCGAUCGCAUUCGUGCCCGUGAUUUGAUGUCCUCAAUAGAGUCCAUCACGAAGGAACGUCAGUCGGCUAUCAGCGAAAUAACCAACCUUGAGCGAGAGAUUGCGAAACAGCACCAGAAUCAUGAGCAAGAAAUUGAAGUCGUCGAAAAAAGACGCCAGUCGGCCAUCGCAAGCCUUGAGCAUGAGUCUGCGGAACAGCUUCAGCAUUGCGAACAGGAAAUUGGGGCAAUGAAUGUGCGCAUUUCAGAACUCAAUACAGCACUCGAAGAAGCCCGGGCAGAAGCAGAGAAACUUGGUCGCAGCAAUGCCGUACUCGAGAAGCAAUUGCAGCUCGAAAUUGAAGAGCGCGACAAUCUCAUUGAUAGAUGGAUCGCGGAUCAAGAGCGGUCAUUUACCUUGAUGAAAGAAACCGCCAAUGCGGAGCGUCGCAAAGCCAAAGUCCGGUCUGCCAAUUAUGAAUUAUUGAAGACAAAGGAGCCUCAGUCAGAUAACUCAGUCACGGGCAGCGAACCGAUUACUCCGGUCAGUAUGCGACAUGUGGAUAUUGAUGUUGGUCGAGGCAAGCACCGAAGGCCAUUGGAUAGCGGGGUUGGGAUUCCCACGGACGAUGCUUUGGACGACGAACCGUUGAGUGAUUUUAAUUCGGACGGGGUUGUUUUGCCUUCAGACCCGGCUUAUCUCUAA